AUGGGUGGAGGGGGGCCAGACCAAGGGAGGAGAGGGGGCCAGACCAAGGGAGGAGAGGGGGCAGACCAAGGGAGGAGAGGGGGCAGACCAAGGGAGGAGAGGGGGCAGACCAAGGGAGGAGAGGGGGCAGACCAAGGGAGGAGGGGGGGCAGACCAAGGGAGGAGAGGGGGCAGACCAAGGGAGGAGAGGGGGCAGACCAAGGGAGGAGAGGGGGCAGACCAAGGGAGGAGAGGGGGCAGACCAAGGGAGGAGAGGGGGCAGACCAAGGGAGGAGAGGGGGCAGACCAAGGGAGGAGAGGGGGCAGACCAAGGGAGGAGAGGGGGCAGACCAAGGGAGGAGAGGGGGCAGACCAAGGGAGGAGAGGGGGCAGACCAAGGGAGGAGAGGGGGCAGACCAAGGGAGGAGAGGGGGCAGACCAAGGGAGGAGAGGGGGCAGACCAAGGGAGGAGAGGGGGCAGACCAAGGGAGGAGAGGGGGCAGACCAAGGGAGGAGAGGGGGCAGACCAAGGGAGGAGAGGGGGCAGACCAAGGGAGGAGAGGGGGCAGACCAAGGGAGGAGAGGGGGCAGACCAAGGGAGGAGAGGGGGCAGACCAAGGGAGGAGAGGGGGCAGACCAAGGGAGGAGAGGGGGCAGACCAAGGGAGGAGAGGGGGCAGACCAAGGGAGGAGAGGGGGCAGACCAAGGGAGGAGAGGGGGCAGACCAAGGGAGGAGAGGGGGCAGACCAAGGGAGGAGAGGGGGCAGACCAAGGGAGGAGAGGGGGCAGACCAAGGGAGGAGAGGGGGCAGACCAAGGGAGGAGAGGGGGCAGACCAAGGGAGGAGAGGGGGCAGACCAAGGGAGGAGAGGGGGCAGACCAAGGGAGGAGAGGGGGCAGACCAAGGGAGGAGAGGGGGCAGACCAAGGGAGGAGAGGGGGCAGACCAAGGGAGGAGAGGGUGCAGACCAAGGGAGGAGAGGGGGCAGACCAAGGGUGGAGAGGGGGCAGACCAAGGGUGGAGAGGGGGCAGACCAAGGGUGGAGAGGGGGCAGACCAAGGGUGGAGAGGGGGCAGACCAAGGGUGGAGAGGGGGCAGACCAAGGGUGGAGAGGGGGCAGACCAAGGGUGGAGAGGGGGCAGACCAAGGGUGGAGAGGGGGCAGACCAAGGGUGGAGAGGGGGCAGACCAAGGGUGGAGAGGGGGCAGACCAAGGGAGGAGAGGGGGCAGACCAAGGGAGGAGAGGGGGCAGACCAAGGGAGGAGAGUGGGGGUACGCACUUGUCGGAUGUCAUAUACUGUGCAGGGAUGCCGAAGGCUGGCCCACACUGGCGGCACCUUUGGGCGACAAGCCGUUCCGGGAAGCGCCGCAGCAGUAA